AUGAGUGGCUGGUCUCACGCACCAAAAGUCACCUUUGGAUCGGGCCGCAGCUGGGCGUCUGAAGUCAUGAGAAUCGAAAAGAUCGUCGGCCAUCCGCUCAUGUCUCACCCAAAAGACCAGGGCACGAGGGGAAAAUACUAUGCUUGCCAUGCUGAGAAGAAGCUUAUGGCCUAUUUUAUCAGUCAGCACGUGUUUUUGAAAGAUGAAGUCAGCGCACCCAGCGAUGCUGGGUCCGAGAUGGCCCUAACUUACGAGGAUCGAGGAUCGAGGAUCGAGGAUCGAGGAUCGAGGAUCGGGGAGCGCACUGGAGGUGUUGAGGGAAGCACUCGAGAAAUUUGA